AUGCCAUGGAGGGCCCUGCGCCAUAUUCAUGCUGGAAACCCAUUGAGAUGGAGACGACGAGUCACCUUCGGUUCAUCUUUAAACACUCGCCUGCGUGUCAACAAACAGCGACAUGAAUCAACAUCCUCCCAACAACAACCAUCGUUGGGCGAUCUGGACCGCGACCAACAGAGUAGAAAUGUCCCGUCCUACGACCCGGACAAUUCGGGCUCGCUCGCCGACGUGGGCCGCCUCAUCGUCAACGACUACGCACAGCUCCGCGCCCACUACCUGACGCCCCGGUACCCGAUCGUGCUGGCGCACGGGCUGAUGGGGUUCGACGAGCUGCGGCUCGCGGGCGACCUGCUGCCGGGCAUCAGCUACUGGCGCGGCAUCAAGGAGGCGUUCCAGGCGCGAGGCAUCACCUGCAUCACCACGGAGGUGCCCCGGACGGCGUCGAUCGCCGAGCGCGCCCAGGUGCUCAUGGACCAGAUCGCAGAGAGACUGUCUGCCGCCACGGCCCGCGAGGAGGGCGGGGGGCAAGGAGGAAGGCAAGUCAACAUCGUGGCGCACAGCAUGGGCGGGCUGGACGCGCGGUACAUGAUCUCGCGACUGUGCCCGGCCCCGUCCCUCUUCCGCGUCCGCUCGCUCACGACAGUGGCCACGCCGCACCGGGGCAGCUCGGCGGCGGACAUGCUGAUGCGCGACAUCGGGCCGGAGCUGGUGCCGCGGAUCUACAGGCUGUUGGGACGCAUGGGCGUCGCGUCGGGGGCGUUUGCGGAGCUGACGACGCAGUACGUGACGCAGGAAUUCAACCCGCGCACGCCCAACGACCCGGCGGUCAAGUACUUCUCGUACGGGGCCAGCGCGACGCCGCACCUGCUGUCGGUGUUCCGACUGUCGCACGACCUGGUGGCGGUGCUGGAGGGCGCCAACGACGGGCUGGUCAGCGUGCGCUCGGCCAAGUGGGGCGAGUACAAGGGCACGCUGGCCGGCGUCACCCACCUCGACCUGAUCAACUGGACGAACCGGCUCAAGAAGAUGGCCAGCCGGGUCGGGUUGGUGCAGGAGCGCUUCAACGCCGUGGCUUUUUACUUGGCCGUGGCCGAGGAGUUGGCGAAGGAGGGAUUCUAA